CUUGACUUUCUGUUUCAAAUCUAUAGUUUAUGGCUCCCUGCCUGCUGACCUUGUCCUUAGGAGGAGCAUUUUCAGCCUGUCCUGGUUCAAGUCUGCACCAAUGAGAGUUCUUUAAAAUGUUCAGGGGUAGCAAUGAAGGAAAACACUAAAAAAAAAUGCUUCUAUGCCACCAAGUGUUGACUAAUAAGGAAAGAAUUGUCAUGUUUACAGAGUAGACAGGGGUUGAAUAACAUGAUCAAUCAGAGGGGCAAGAAGUUCAGGGAUUGUUGAUCGUGCCAUUUAUUUAGUGAACAUUUAUUGAGAAGCACCCUUGGUCCAAUAUUGUGCUUGUUCCCAGAGAAUAAAAGGGGUGACAUUUGUCCUUCCAUUGCAAAGUUUGUAGUACAAGGGGUGGGGUUGGUAAAACAUCCUACACACAGCUUCCUCUUCUGACGUGGAAGAACCGCUGGGGUGCAGUUCGGGUGAACCGCCAGCGUGCACACCGGAGCGGGCCUGAGGUCGGGGUGCUGGUGGAGGGGGCAAGAGCGCUGCAGGGAGCGGAGGCCUGAGGGCGGAGCAGGCCUGCGCUGGGCGCCAUCUGAGGUGGGAGUGCCCCAGGCAGACGGAAGGGCUCCGCAGAGGGUGAAGGUGGGAAGAGGCUAGAGAUUCUGGGAACAUGGAGGAAGCCGGUGUGUUAAAACCCACGAGAGGGAAGGAAGUUAUCAUGCAGCGCUUUCCGGGUCAUUCUGAGGAUUUCAACUGCUUUUUGAAGGCAGUAGGAAGCAACUAGGGAAUUGAAGCAAGGAAAAAAAAAGGAAUCCAAACUAUAAUGGCAGCCCAGUACCAGGAUGUGAGUUCCAACCCCAGCCAACCAGGGACCAACUAUGGGCCCAGAAACCAAGGUCACAGCGAUUCCCAACUGAGAAUUGUCUUAAUUGGUAAAACUGGAGCGGGAAAAAGUGCGACAGGGAACAGCAUCCUUGGAGAGAAAGCAUUUAAAUCUGGAAUUGCAGCAAAAUCCAUUACUAAGACCUGUGAGAAGAAGAGCAGCAUGUGGAACGGACACGAAGUCGUUGUGGUUGAUACUCCUGGCAUUUUCGACCCCGAGGAACAGGAUGCUGACACAGGCAGGGAGAUCGCGCGCUGCGUCCUCCUGACCUCCCCAGGGCCUCACGCUCUGGUCCUGGUGAUUCCGCUGGGCCGUCACACCAUGGAAGAGCGCAAGGCCAUAGAGAAGAUCCUAAAGAUGUUUGGCGACAGUGCCAGAAGUUUCAUGAUUCUCUUGUUCACCCGGAGAGAUGACUUGGAGGGCACCGAUUUCCACGAUUACUUAAAGGACGCUCCAGAAGACAUUCAACAGCUGUUGGGCCAGUUCGGUCAUCGCUACUGUGCAUUCAACAACAAGGCCACAGGAGCCGAGCAGGAGGAACAGAGGGCGCAGCUGCUGACCAUGGUCCAGCACAUGGUGAGGAAGACCAAAGGGAGAUACUACACCAAUAGGGUGUACCAGAGGGCUGAGGAGGAAAUUCAGAAGCAAAUCCUAGAAAUCCAAGAACGUUACAGAGCAGAGCUGGAGAGAGAGAGAGCACAGAUAAGAGAGGAGUAUGAAGAGAAAAUCAAAAGCCUGGAAAGUAAGUUAGAGCAGGAAAAGAGAAAGGGGCAAAUGGAGAGGAGGCUACUGGAAAGGGAGUCUGUCUGGGCUUUGAGGCAGCAGAAUGCCCGAGCGGAGGCUGAGAACCUCAGUAGUAUAGUUGAAUUAAUCUUGAAAGUCUGGGGGCUUGCUUCCUCUCUAUGGCAUCUGUUUUUGGAAAACUAAACCUAAAGAAAAAUGCAUUUAUAUAUUUUGACUAUCACCCGAUGACCCUCCCCCUGUGACUUGUUUACCAAAGUCAGAGAGCUCUAGUUUCUAUCUCGGCCUCUCAGGAGCAGAGUGCAGUGAAGUUCACCCAUGGCAACAGGCAAUGUUUGAUUUAUCAGGAGAGGGACAAAUUCUCAUUUUGCUCGAAAGUAAAAAUAAUGAUGCUUGUUACCAGUGAAUGCUUCCUUAGAGACAUGGAGAAGGGAAUGUAGGAGACCAAAGAACAUUAGCCCAAGCUGUAUCCAGGAGUUUCUAGUAAAAGUUUCUCCUCCAAAUUCCUUUAGAUGGGUAGAUAGUCUCUGUCUGCAGCUUCUACACACUUACCUUUGCCUGUAGGGUGGUAAUGAUUAUCUCGCCCAUAUAGUUUGUUAGAAAACUUAAUUCUUUGUUUGCAUUAAGCAGUCUUACAGAUGGAGAUAGUUUUCUCUCAGUGAAUGUCAAAUUGUUUAAUUAUAGAUUUCAUAGAAGGAAUCAAAUUGUUCCUUAUAUCUGCUCUCCAAAGAACAAAGAGUUAUUUGGAAAACAGAUCUCUCAGAACUCAACUCGGUAAUGAUCCCCAAAAGCCAGAAAGCACAAAAGACAGCUUUCAACCAAUAAGGGUAUCAGGUUUGGUAUGGUGGGUGUAUCUGUCGGCUCUCUGACCCACCUCAGCUUUAACAGCUUGGUGAAUAACCAGAGCUGUCCUUUUCUUGAGAAACAACCAACUGUUCCCACCCCAGGCCUUCACCUCACACCUUGAGUACUUAAUGCUUGGCAGGUUAUCCAUACUUGUGUUCCUACCCAGCUGAAUUGUUUGUUUAUUAUUAUGAUAAUAAAACUUUUCAGUUCUCA